GCAGAAGCAGUAGCAAUGCCGUUUGUGACACCCCGAACGGGGACGAGCAGUGCAAACAACAGUGCGGGACGCACCACAUUCCGCCCGCCGUGGGUGAAGGAGGACGCCGCCUCAGCAUCCAGUGCCACAGCCACAAAGCCCACGACCACGCCCUGGGCUAAGAAGGCAGCGGCAGCCGCUGCCGCCAAGGAGAAUGGAGACAAAUCCGUUCCAGCUGCGGCCACAACGACAGCAGCAGCCAACAGCAAGGCCAAGGCAGCUCCAGCCGUGACGACCGCGAAGAAGACAACCCCCGCGGAGACGGCUAAAAAAGCGCCUGAGCCCGUCAAGAAAUCCUCAGCAACGACGACAGCAGCAGCAGCAGGCAAAAAAAAUUCGAAUGCGGAGCCCGUGAACAGCAAGAAGGCCCCGGAGCCAGUCAAGAAGGUGGCUCCCACUGCGGUGACCAAGAAGCCAGUGGCAACGAAGAAGAAGGAACCAACGCCACCGCCCGAAUCCUCUUCGGAGGAAGAGGAGAGCGAGGAGGAGGAGGAGGAGACUGAAGAGGAGACCGAAUCCGAGGAAGAGGAGACCGAGGAGGAGACCGCAUCCGAGGAAGAGGACGAUGACGACGAUGACGACACAACGGUGGACGAGAAGGUGCCCGAGCACGUGAAGAAGGCCGCCCAGCUGCGUCCGACGACCGUCAACAAGAAGCCGGAGCCGGAAAGUGAGUUGAAACAGCGUUUCACCCUAGAGAAACCCAAGUUGAGGAGCGUAGCGGUGGUCAAGCGAGACAAGUCGAUGAAGAAGGUGCCCGCCCAGGCAGAGGACGAGGAGGCAGAGGAGGGGGAGACGGAGGAGGAGCGCGAGCGCCGUCUGCGCUUCAAGCUCGAAAAGCCCAAGCUGCGGCAUGUGAAGCGCGAGGAGAAACCGCUGCCCAGCAAGAGCACCGACGACCUGGCCAAGAUCCGGCCAGUGCUCAAGAAGGUACCCAAGAUCGAUGAGCUCCUCAAGGAGCCCAAGGAGGAGCCCAAGCCCGAGUUCAAGACCAAGACCCUGCGGAAAGCCCCGUCCAUAAAGCGCGAGCAGAGCAUCAAGAAUGUUCCAGCCCCACCGCCACUGCCCUCUCUGGUGCCCAAGGCUCCGCCACCACCGCCCCCGCCACUGGCCAUCGGCGAGAAGCGUGUGCUCUCCAGCACGCAAAAGGCGAACAUUGAGAAGCUGAAAACACGGCCCAGAAGGCGCCCGGACUGGUCCGAGAUGAUGAAGGAGGUGGAGAGCGGCAGGAAGCUGCGCCAUGUGGCGUGCAACGAUAGAUCUCAGCCCAUACUGACAUGCAAGUCGAUAACCAAAGUGGACGAAAAGUUCAUCUACGAGACGGAGAAGGACAACUCGCACAACAAGCUGCUCCAACAGAUCCAGGGCGGCAUCAAGCUUAAGCCCACGCGGACCAACGAUCGCAGCAAGCCCGUGCUGGAUGGCCUGCGCAAGUUCCGCCGCCAGAUGACCAUCGAGGAGCAGCUGCAAAAGUCCCAGUCGAAGGUCAACAUGCUCUGCGAGGCACCCAGCAGCCACGCCCUCGGACCGAGCAUUGCCAGCGCCCUGGGGGCGGGCAGAUCGCGGCCCAGCAUCGGCUCGGCCAUGUCCAUCGAUGAGGAGAGCCCCGACGAGCUGGACGACAUCGACAAGAUUCGCGACGACCUGCAGAGCACCAAGCAGAUGCUGGCCCUCGAGCUGCGCAACCGGGAGGCCCAGGAGCGCGAGAACAAGAAGCUGCUGGCGAAGAUUCGCACUCUGGAGACGGAGCUGGAGCGGGAGAAGUCGCGCGAGAAGAACCUCGAGUACGGGUCCAAUGUGAUCGUGGCCACCAUGGAUCCCACGCCCACCGCCGAACAGACGUACGUGAAUUCGCUGAAGAGCGAGGUGGAGGAUGCCCGCAAGGUGUCGAAGGAGGUGGAGAAGAACUACCAGAGCACCAGCGAGCAGCUGGUGGAGGCCAAGACGGAGAUCGAGGAGCAGCGGCGACAGAUCCAGCUACUCGAAAGGAAGCUAGCAGCGGCUCUCCAGGGCUGUGCGACACCAAGCACUAACAGACCGCACAUUAGUAAUUGCUUUGCUUACGACGACGACGACGAUGACGACUACUACGACCAUUACUACGUCGGCAAGCACGCGCCGCACCAGGGCGGCGGAAUGCUGGACGGCUCCAGGCGGUCGAGCGAUGCCAAUUUCGGGCGCGACAGCUCACCGGAGCUGGAUCUGGAGGUGAGCGAAAGCGACCCAGACGAGCCCGAGGAGAAGAAGACGGAGCGCAGGGAGAAGCGCGUCGGCAAGGAGCUGAAGGUGCUGCGCAGCAAGCUCACGAAGGUGAAGGUCAAAGAGGAGGCGGCCAAGAAGGAGAAGGAUGUGCUCAAGCAGGCCAUGAAAAAGAACCAGGAGAUUCUCAAGGAAGAGAACAAGAAGUUCAAGAAGCUGGAGAAGGAGGUUCAGAAGAUGGCCGCCUCGAUGAAGCUGGACGAGGACGAUGUCGAUGGCGAGGACAAGGACGAUGAGGAGGAGGCCGGGGAGGAGCACGAGAGCGAGGAGGAGGAGGAGUCCGAUGAUGAGUCCGAGGAAUCCGAGUCGGGGGAGAGCGAGGCGGAGACGGGCAGCGAGUCCGAACCAGAGGACGCGGCUAACUCUGCGAAGAAGGCUAACGUGGAGCCGCGCGUGAAGAAGCACGAGAGUCGCUUCGCGGCGAUGAAGAAGUGCAACGUGCUGCUGCAGGCAAACGUCGACAAUUUGCAGGACCAAAUUGUGCAGGUGCGCCACCGGGCCACCAAUCUGCAGGACGAGCUGGACGCGGUGAUUGCGGAUCUGGGCUUCUAGGGCGGUCAGCGUCUUUUUUGUUUUGUUUAUGUUUUUAUGUAGAUUUUGCCGGAAGGUCAGUGUGACCGCGGAUUUACCGAUAAAAU